UUCUGAAAAUAUUAGUAAAGAUUGUAAUGAAUGUUGUGCUGAUGUUGCAUCGACAGAAAAUGCUAUAGACAUUCCUAUAGGUAAUCCUAUUGUUGCGAUACCUGCGGUUCCAGCUAAAAUGGAUCUAAUUUUAUUGAUGGAAAGAGCCAACCAAGAAGAAAAUUUGCCUCUUGGACAAGCACAAUUGAUUGAACGAAUAGUUACUCUUGAACGUCGUAAUAACCGUCUGAGCUUUGAGUGGAUUAAAACACCAUUUUUGUUUCUUAGCCCUGGUGUGUGUAGUAACAGUCUAUGA